UUUGCUUCUUCACCUCCAUCGAGUUCUCUUUUGUUCGUCCUAAUGAGUGAAUCUAACGCCGUCAUUGGUAUUAACUUUGGUACCUGCUACACUUCCAUUGGUUACGUGACAAAGGAAGGUCGUGCUGACUGUCUUGCCAACGAGGAAGGUGAUCGUCAAAUCGCUUCUGUUCUCGCCUUCCACGGUGAAGAAGAGGUCGUCGGUUCUCAAGCCAAGUCUGACAUUGCCCGUCAUCCUCAAACCACCGUUGCCAACUUCCGUGCAGCUCUCGGCAAGACUUAUGCUGAAUCCGAGAACCUUGCUGGAUCCGCCGCUCCUAUUGUCGAGAAGGAGGGAAUGCCCGCUUACCAGAUCUCGCUUCCUGAGGACAAGAAGAUUGUCUUGAGCGCUCAAGAAAUCUCGGCCAAAUUUUUGAGACACAUUCGCGAAUCAGCCGAAGCUUUCCUUGGUACCUCCAUUGGUGGUGCUGUGAUGGCUGUGCCUUCCUAUUUCACCGAGAAGCAGCGUGAAGAAUUGGUUAGUGCUGCUGAAGCCGCUGGUAUCAAGGUGAUCCAGCUUAUCCAGGAAUCGGCUGCUGCUGUUCUUGCUUACGGCAUUGGUCAAAAGACCAUCAAGAACCCUGAAGAUAAGACCGUGGUCGUGUGUGAUUUGGGUGGUCACUCUUUCGAUGUUACUGUAUUGACUGUUCGUUCCGGCAUCUACUCGAUCUUGGCCACGGCUCACGAUACCAAGCUUGGUGGUUCUUCCUUUGACGAUCUCUUGAUCAACCACUUCACUGCCGAAUUCAAGAAGAAGUCCAAGGUCGAUAUUACCGAAAACAAGAAGGCCAGUGCCAAGUUGAGAAACGCCGUUGAAGUCACCAAGAAGAUGUUGUCCAGCGCUAGCUCGGCUCCCUGUUUCGUUGAAUCUUUGGCUGAGGGUCUCGACUUCCACAGCACCAUUAACCGUAUGCGUUUCGAAAUCAUGUCCAACAAAGUCUUUGGUAAGCUCCAGGAAACCAUCCGCGAAGUGUUGGCCAAGGCUGAUUUGGAUCCCUCCGAGGUCGAUGAGGUUGUCCUUGCUGGUGGUUCCGCUCGUAUUCCUAAGUUUGCUGUGAAGUUGAGAGAAACCUUCACCUCUGAACACACCAACGUCCGUUCUGAACUCGAGAGCGAUGAAAUUGUGGCUCGUGGUUGUGCUAUCCAAGGUUCCUUGGUGGCUGGUUUCGACAAGGAAGAUAUUGAUGCUUCCAUCCAUCCCGUUGUUACCUUGGCUCCUCACACUUCCAAGGAUAUUGGCUUGGUGAAUGCCAAUGGUGAAUUUGUCACUCUCAUUCCCCGUGGCACUGCUUUGCCCGCUCGCCGUACCUUCGAGUUCAGCAAUGCUGCUGAUAACCAGACCCACGCUUACCUUAACUUGCACGAAGGUGAUCACGUCAUUGAAAAGACCGAGAUUAAGCCUGAACCUAUUGAGGUCGAAGAAGGUGAAGAACCCAUCGAGGAGGAACCCGAGAUCGUCACCAAGGUUAUCGUUAAGCCCGCUGCUCAGUUGGUCGAAGCUGCCCUCCCUCUUGAUAAGAGCCAAAAGGCCAAGGCAAGCAAGAUCGAAGUUCAAAUCACCAUCGAUGCCAGCAAGAAGUUGAGCUUAGUCAUGCGCGAAAAGAACGGUUCCAACGUCGUUAAGGCUGAAGUGGCAGGAAAGCAAUAAGCACUGCAAGGUCACACCCAAUCCAACGCGUCAUCCACUUUUUCUUUUUGUAAAGGAUCCAAAAACCCUCGCCUUGCUUUCGAAUUUCCCCGCAUUUUCCUUUUUCAUGUAAAAAUAGAAAUCAUUUUUUAUUUGCUUUAAAUGAAUAACCGGCUUCCUCUGAUGGUCGUCCUAUUGAUCAUUUGUCUUUAAAAAAUUCGCACAUCACACAAACUAGUCUUUUUUUUCUUGUCAUGAGCAUCGUCUUCACAAUUCCUCAUUUAUAUACAAUGG